AUGGGCUCGCAAAUGCACAUGGCCGCAGGUGGCUCUUCACCUUUGUCGCGAUGCAUUGCAGUAGGCCAUGUUCUAUUCGAACGUUCUGCGAUGAUCCUCAAACUUGGCUCACUUAUCUCCGUAGAGCACAACGACAUGCCAUCUAAUUAUACUCGACGGUCAUCUCAGCUAAGCGUCAUCCAGCGAGGCGAUUCAGUUGGCAUCAAAGAUUUUGUUAGACCUCCAGGCUUGUCCAUCGUCGAACGCGAACAUAUCAGGCCGUUGCUACCCGAGGAUUUCAACCCUUUCACCCUUGGGAGUGAUUCUCUUUCACUUGGCCUCAAUACUGCUCUUACUAGCAAAGGCAACAGCGACUUGAUUAGUCCUACUUUUGUCUCAUUCACCCAGGUUUGCGUACGACGCUUGUGGCCUCGAGCUACAUAA